GCCGCGGGCAGAGCGUGAGUCACCUGACCGCUGCCCGCGCCGCUCGCUGGGCUCGCUCGCCGCCGUCGGUCGGGCCGCGCCGCGCCUCGGCUCUGGUUUAAUGACAACGAGAAGCAUGCUUUCCGCUGUACUUCCCGACACUGUUUGUUACGCAGAAUGUCUGUGAGUGAGAAAUCGGUCUUCGCCUAUGAAUCUUCGGUGCACAGCGCCAACGUCUUGCUCAGCCUCAACGACCAGCGAAAGAAAGACGUGCUGUGCGAUGUCACGGUCUUCGUGGAGGGCCAGCAGUUCCGUGCCCACCGGGCCAUGCUGGCGGCGUGCAGCAGUUACUUCCACACGAGGAUCGUGGGCCAGGCGGAUGCCGAGCUUAGCAUCACCCUACCAGAAGAGGUGACGGUGAAAGGAUUCGAACCUUUACUUCAGUUUGCCUACACUGCUAAGCUGAUUCUCAGCAAGGACAAUGUGGAUGAAGUGUGCAAGUGCGCGGAAUUCCUAGGUGUGCAUAAUAUUGAGGAAUCCUGCUUUCAGUUUCUCAAAUUUAAGUUUUUGGACUCUACUGCAGACCAGCAAGAAUGCCCGAGAACAAAAUGCUUUCCAUCACACUGUCAGAAAACAGACCUUCAACUUUCACUUUUGGACCAGAAGGAUCUGGAAAUUGACGAAGUGGAGGAAUUUCUGGAACACGAGCCUGUUCCAGCUCCUCAAUGUAAACUCAGCAGGCAUCAGGGAAACGCGAGAGCAUCGCCCCCACUGCAUGACAGCGCCAGCCAGGCGAGCGAGUCCACGUGCUCAGAAAAGGACACUGCUCUGACUUUGCCAUCGUUAUGCCCUAAAUACAGAAAAUUCCAGAAAGCGUUUGGAACUGACAGAGUCCAUGCUGUGGACCCUAGCAUCAAAGACGUUCAGGUUUCUUCCAUUCAGCCAAAUGAGACACCUGAAAAUGAAUGUCUGGGUGGAGUCCAGGACUGUGCAGGUCUACAGGGGAUUUUAAAAUGUGAAGAAAGUAAAAGGCCAGCGGAACAUGAAGAAACGAAGAAGAAAGACUCUGCUUCUGAGUGCCCAGCAGUAAAAGCAGAAGCAACUCCUUUCCCUCACAGUUCUUCCGCAGACCCUCGUGGGCUCUAUUCCCUGUCACUUUUACACACGUAUGACCAGUAUGGUGACUUGAAUUUUGCUGGUAUGCAGAACACAACAGUGUUAACAGAAAAGCCUCUGUCAGGUGCAGAUGGCCAAGAAGAGCAAACGUUUGGUGCAGGUCAGGAUUUACAUUUGAAAUCCGACACUGGUCCCAGGGAAGAUAGUAGCCUGGCCUCUGGGGAUCGCAGCAGUGUGGAGAGAGAGGUGGCCGAACACCUCGCCAAAGGCUUCUGGAGUGACGUUUGCAGCACAGAGUCUCCUUGCCAGAUGCAGCUGUCACCUGCCAUGGCCAAGGACGUUCCAGAACAGAUCUACUCGCAGAAACGGUUCGAGUGUCCCUGGUUGGGCAUCAGGAUCAGUGAGAGCCCAGAACCGGGCCAGAGGACUUUCACGACAUUAAGGUCUGUCAACUGCCCUUUUAUAAGUACUCUGAGUACUGAAGGAUGCUCAACCAACUUGGAAAUUGGAAGCGAUGAUUACGUUCCAGAAGUGCCCCAGGAGCCCUGUCCAUAUGCCUGCAUGAUUAGCUUGGGAGAGGACUCUGAGACGGACACGGAGGGAGACAGUGAGUCCUUCUCUGCCAGAGAACAGGAGUGUGAGGUGAAACUGCCAUUUAAUGAACAACGAAUAAUUUCACUUUCUCGAAAUGAUUUUCAAUCGUUGUUGAAAAUGCACAAGCUGACUCCAGAACAGCUGGAUUGCAUCCAUGAUAUUCGCAGAAGAAGUAAAAACAGAAUUGCUGCACAGCGCUGUCGCAAGAGAAAACUUGACUGUAUACAGAACCUUGAAUCAGAAAUUGAGAAACUGGCCCUGGAACUCAACUCUCAACUUCCAAAAGAUCCCAGCCCUGGAAAACCCUGCAGAGUGCAGCUCUGCUCUGACACACACUGGAUGGCCGUCACCAUGAGUCGGAACCAAGUGGACGGCAACUAACAACCACAGAGUUAAAACAAGCCAAUUCCCAGCCACUAAGCAGCUAUCCCUGGAGCCUUGGUGGUGCAGUGGUUAGAAGCUGGGCUGUUAACCAAAAGAUCGGCAGUUUGAAUCCACAAGCCACUCCUUGGAAACCCUAUGGGCCAGUUCUACUCUGCCUUCUAGGGUCGCUAUGUGUCAAAAUCGACUUGACGGCAACGGUUUUCAACAGGUAAGCAGUUAUCCCAGGCAAAAUUUCGUACCUUGAACUCAGAACCUAGUGCUGCCAAAGACCGUAGCAGAAACUCAGUGGCAUCUGAGAACAGAAAAAUCUCGGUUUCAGCUUCCCCAAGAUGUCAGUUUUGUGAAACUCACAGACUGUGAUCUUAAACUCAGUUGGGAGAACCUGCAGAAAGGCCCUAUGUGUUGAUCAUUUCUGGGGGACAGACUUCACCUUUGCCUAAGGCCCUAAUUUACAUUUCCUCUCCCAAUGAUGGGAAACCCUGGUGCUGUAGUGGUUAAGUGCUAUGGCUGCUAACCAAGAGGUCGGCAGUUUGUAUCUGCCAGGCUCUCCUUGGAAACUCUAUGUGGCAGUUCUACUCUGUCCUGUAGGGUCGCUAUGAGUCGGAAUCGACUCGGCAGCAAUGGGUUUUCUCCCAGCGAUGUAUUCCUGGCACCAAGGACUGACUGAACGAGGCCUCCUAGGGAACGUGAGGAUCCAUAUUCCUGCUUACAGGCGUUUUCGGCCCUGGCCACAGGGCGUGUUUGGAUUGCCUCUAACAAUGAAAUAGGCCCCUGGGUGACGUAAGCGGUUUGCACUAGACUAGUAACCUGAAGGUUGGCGGUUUGAACCCACCCAGCAGAGCCGUGGAAGAAAGGCUUGGUAGUCUGUUUCCACAGAGUUCACAGCCAGGAAAACCCUAGGAAAGCAGUUCUAUAACACGUGGGGUUUCCGUGAAUGGAAAGCAACUCAAUGGUGACCCAGACGUAAGUAAUCCAGAAUCAAUUAUAGACAAGCUACCUAGAUCUAAGGCUAGACCCUCCACCAUUCCCUCCUUGGGUUUGAAUGCUGAGUGGAAUUUGAGGCAGCCAGUGUGGCACUGAGGCCCUGGUGGCAAAGCAGUUAAGAGCUUGGCUGCCAGCCAAAAGGUUAGCAGUUCUAAUCCACCAGCAGCUCCUUGGAAACUCUAUGGGGCUGUUCUGCUCUGUCCUACGGAGUCAUUGUGAGUUGGAAUCAACUCGAUAGCAAUGGGGUUUUGAGGUUUUAAUGUGGCAAUUGCCUUCUCUGAUGGGCAUUACCAGUCCAUUGGAAUCCAGCUGUCUUGAAAACAGUUGUAAAGCAGCAUGUGUGCAUUCCUUUUCCCAGUUAACCCUAAAAGGCCUUAAAGUCUCUUAUUUCCUGGUGAUAUUAUUUUUGCCUCUUGUCAGCUGUAGCCGUGGCACCCCGAGGCUGCUUGUCCUUGCUGAGGUCUUUGUGCUUCUAGGUCUUUGCUCGUAAGGCCGCUGUGCUGCUGGGGGUUAAAGAGGAUGGGCACUCACAUGCCUGCUCCCCAGGAUUUAAUUUUUGCCACACUGCACCCAUUUUCUAAGGCCACCAAGGUGAGGCUUUGUAGAGCUAUUCCUGUCAACUGAAUUUAGGAUCACAGGUAGUAGAUUCCAGAAGGGAGUCAGAAGGGUGGUACAAAUAAUUAAAGCACUCAGCUACUAACUGAAAAGAUGGUGGUUCAAAUCUACCCAGAGGUGUGUCGGAAAACAGGCCUGUCAAUCUGCUUCCCAGAGGUCAUAGCUGCAAUGAUGGACUCAAACACGCCGGCAGUCAUGAGGGUGGCACAGGACCAGGCAACGUUUUAUUCUGUUGUACAUAAAGUCACCAUGAGUCAGAGCUGACUCAACAGCAGCUAUCUAGCUAUCUGUCUACCUUGUACUUAACCACAAAUACUUCUUUUUCCUCUUCCUCGCCUCUGUUACCUGCAUUGUUCUUGAAGCAUAAAUGAAAAAGGAAAAUGGAAAAUAUUUUUUAAAUGAGCACAGUACAUUGCGUUUCCAUUUACACAGUCAUCUUUCAGUAGAUGGUUUUCUUCCUCCUUUCUUAGUUCACGUUUAGUCGCUGUCCAGAAAGUCAGCUGUUUUCUAAAUGUUUCAUUUCCUUCUUUCAGGAGCCUAGACCUAAAUCAUAUCCUUGAUAACAUCUUGAUAUACAGAUUUCUGAGUUGAUGUUAAUCUCUUGCAAGGAAGUCUUGCUAACAAUAACCAGAGUACUAUUAAAUACAAAAAUAUCCACUAUAAUCUGUCUAAAGUUAUAUCUCUUUGUCCACCUCAGAAACUUAGUUUUUUCUUUUUUCUUUUGCCUUGGGCCGUUAAAUUCAAAGGAGUCCCUAGGUGGCACAAACGGUUAAGUGCUUGUCUACCAACCGAAAGGGUGAUGGUUCAAAACCAUCCAGAGGGGCAUUGAAAGAAAGGCCUGGCGAUCUACUUCCAAAAGAUCACAGCCAUUGAAAACGCUGUGGAGCGUGGUUCUACGCUGAAGCACCUGAGGCUGGCAUGAGUGGACGCCACUCGAUGGCAACUGUUGGUUUCGGUUUUGGUUUGGUUAAACUCAGAGACUCUUCCUUUGCCAAAAAGACAUGUCUUGCUUAUUUUGUUUUAAACGAUAGUAAAUGAUGGCUUUAUAUAUGAGGUCUAGGACUAUUGUUUAAUGGUACCUUUAAAAGCAAUUUCUCUGGAGACGGUUUUUUGUUUUUUAACACCAUGUUGGCCUUGUCUGAGCUUUUUGUCUGAUUUUUAGAAGAACUCAAUUCUAUGGCCAGCACCUGACAUUUGAGUGAUCUUAGCCCUGGUGGUGCAGUGGUUAAGAGCUCGGCUACUAACCAGAACGUUGGCAGUUCGAGUCCACCAGCCGCUCCUUGGAAACCCUAUGGGUCAGUUCUACUCUGUCGUAUAGGGUUGCUGAAUUGGAAUCGACUCAAUGGCAAGGGGUUUAUAGAAUGUUUAUAUGGCACAGUGGUUUAGUGCUUGGCUGCUAACCAAGAGAUCGGUGGUUGGUACCCACCAGCUGCCUGGAGGGAGAAAGAUGUGGCAGUCUGCUUCCGUAAAGAUCACAGCCUUGGAAAUCCUAUGGGGCGGUUCUACUCUGUCCUACAGGGUCACUACGAGUCGAAAUCAACUUGAAGGCAAUGGGUUUGGUUUGGUUUUUAUAGAAGGUUUGCAAAAUAUAAUUGGCCAAGAAGUCUUCCACAGCAUUCCUAGUAGUUUCAAUGUUUGCUCCAGCAGCUCUGUCUUGGCUAACCAGAUAAGUGAGUAGCAUCUAGGAGGGGAGCUUUGUGGAAUUAAGAAUGGGGUUUGAUGCUUAUAGGAAUGAGAAGUGGAGCACGUGUAAAUUAAGAGAGAUCUGACUUCUGUAAGGGUAGGAGAAUUUGGCACAUAGGAGCCCUUAAUAGACUGGCCUGUGUUCGCUAGGUUUGGGAGAGCAGACAGCUGCACAUAUACUAAAAAUAGGCUCACUGCAAAGUAUGCACUUCAGGACUAAAGGAAUUGCACAAAUUUGGGCAAGGACGCGGGCCCAGAUCCAAGGCCUUUUAGUAAAGGGACUGUGUGGACGAAUAGAAAGAACAUGGACCUAGAAUUCAGAUAGAUGUAGUUUCAAAGCCUGGUUUUGCCACUUACUGUAUAAAAAAUAGCCAUGGGAAAAUUACUUAGUUUUCUUAUCUGCCGGCCUGUUAUAUCCAAUCUCCUGGCCCUUGAGAUCAAAGUAAGACUGACUCAAACUAUUUACACUGUGAAAAUGCAAAUCAGCAGUUCAACACACUACAUUUCUUGAACACUCUCCUUGAUUUUGGGAGAAGGGAGGGAGUUUUCUGGAGAGUGAAUGUGAAAUGUUAGUGAUAUGGCUGGCUUAGAACCUGCGGUCAUCUCAGCUGACUUGUCACUCGCAUCGUGUUUUACACUUUGUUGGUAGAGACAUAAAUUCCACCGCUUCUUUUAACUCCACCAAAAAAUAAAAAAAAAUUCAUAUACCCCUGAAACCAGACUUUUAUGGUAAACAUCAUUGAAAAUUUGGAAAAUAGUGUGUUUAUAUCAUAGCAAUACAGACAGCUUCAAAGCAAACACUCUCAGAUAGCCCUAUGGUCUCCACACUUCCCCUCCUGUUGGGGAGUUUUGACAAACUGCCAAACUCCUGUUGUGUCUCAGCCCACAUCAUCCCACUUGCCCCUCCCUUUUUCCUCCAGCUCCUGGAUUGCCCCCAGGGACUCCACAUUCUUCUCUUUGGAAUACAUGGAAACAGUUCAGUCGAAUGCCUUUGCAUAGUCAAUAAAACACAGGUAAACAUCUUUCUGGUAUUCUCUGCUUUCAGCCAGGAUCCAUCUGACACUAGCAAUAAUAUGCCUGGUUCCACGUCCUCUUAUAAAUCCGGCUUGAAUUUCUGGCAGUUCCCUGUCAACAUACUGCUGCAGCCGUUUUUGAAUGAUCUUCAGCAAAAUUUUCCUUGCAUGUGAUAUUAAUGAUAUUUGUUCAAUAAUUUCCGUGUUUGGUCGGAUCACCUUUCUUGGGAAUAGGCAUAAAUAUGGAUCUCUUCCAGUCAGUUGGCCAGGUAGCUGUCUUCUAAAUUUCUUGGCAUAGAUGAGUGAGCACUUCUAGUGCUGCAUCUGUUUGUUGAAACAUCUGAUUUGGUAUUCAGUCAAUUCCCGCAGCCUUGUUUUAAGCCAAUGCCUUCGGUGCAGCUUGGAUGUCUUCCUUUAGUACCAUCAGCUCCUGAUCAUAUGCUCCCUCUUGAAGUGGUUGAAUGUUUACUAAUUCUUUUUGGUAUAAUGACUGUGAAUUCCUUCCAUCUUCUUUUGAUGCUUCCUGGGUUGUAUAAUAUUUUCACCAUAGGAUCCUUUAGUAUUACAACUUGAGGCUUGAAUUUUUUCUUCAAUUCUUUCAGCUUGAGAAAUGCUGAGCGUGUUCUUCCCUUUUGGCUUUCUAUCUCCAGGUCUUUGCACAUGUCAUCAUAAUACUUUGUCUUCUCAAGCUGCCCUUCGAAGCCUUCUGUUCAGCUCUUUUACUUAAUCAUUUUUUCCUUUUGCUUUAGCUACUCGACAUUCAAGAGCAAGUUUCAGAGUCUCUUCUGACAUCCAUUUAGGUCUUUUCUUGCUUUCUUGUCUUUUUAAUGACCUUUUGCUUUCUUCAUGUGUGAUGUCCUUGAUGUCAUUCCACAACUCAUCUGGUCUUCGGUUAUUUGUGUUCAACACAUCAAAUCUGUGCUUCAUAGGGUCUGUAAAUUCAGGUGGGAUAUACUCAAGGUCAUACUUUGGCUCUUGUCGACUUGUUCUAGUUUUCUUCAGUUUCAACUUGAACUUGCAUAUGAGUAAUUGAUGGUCUGAAGUUGGCCCCGGUCCUUGUUCAGAUCUUAAUGAAGUGAAUGCAGUCAAGCUUUCAGGAUCUUCAUUUGCUGAUGUGGCACGACUCCAAAUGAGAAGAAACAGCUGUAAACAUCCACUAAUAAUCGGAACCUGGAAUGUACAAAGUGUGAAUCUAGGAAAAUUGGAAAUUGUCAAAAGUGAAGUGGAAUGUAUAAAGAUCGCUAUCCUAGGCAUUAGUGGACUGAGGUGGACUGAUACUGGUCAUUUUGAAUCAGAAAAUCAUAUGAUCUGCUAUGCCCAGAACCACAACUUGAAGAGGAAUGGUGCUGCAUUCAUUGUCAAAAAGAACAUUUCAAGAGCUUUCCUGAAGUACAGCGCUGACAGUGAUAGGAUAAUAUCCAUACAUCUACAAGGAAGACCAGUUAAUAUGACCAUUAUUCAAAUUUACACACCAACCACAAAUGCCAAAGAUGAAGAAAUUGAACAUUUUUACUAACUUCUGCAGUUUGAAAUUGAUCAAACAUGCAAUCAGGACACACUGAUAAUUACUGGAGAUUGCAAUGUGAAAGUUGGAAACAAAGAUGAAGGACUGGUAGUUGAAAAAUAUGGCUUUGGUAAUAGAAACGAUGCUGGAGAUCGCAUGAUUAAAUUUUGCAAGACCAAUGACUUCUUCAUUGCAAAUACCUUUUUUCACCAACAUAAACAGCUACUACACACAUGGACCUCGCUGGACAGAAUACACAGGAAUCAAAUUGACUACAUCUAUGGAAAGAGACAAUAGAAAAGCUCAAUAUCAUCAGUAGACAUAUAGAUAAAUGGACUUCAAAUUAAAAACAUUUAUGCAUCAAAGGACUGUAUCAACAAAGUUAAGAGUAAAUCCACAGAAUGGAAGAAAAUAUUUGGGAACCAUGGAUCUGAUAAGGAUUUAAUACUCAGAAUACAUAAAGAACGCCUACAAUUCAACAACAAAAAGACAACCCAAUUAAAAAAAAAAAAAUGGACAAAGGACUUGAAUAGAUAUUUCACCAAAGGAGGUAUACAAAUGGCCCAGAAGCACAGGAAAAGAUACUCAUCAUUAGUCAUUAGGGAAAUGCAAAUCAAAACCAAAAUGCGAUAACACUUCAUCUCUGCUUAGGAUGACUAAAGAUGACUACUAUAAGAAAAACAGAAAACAACCAAUUGGAACCCUCAUCCAUUGCUGGUGGGAUUGUAAAAUGUUUUAGCCACUGUGGAAAACAGUGAAUUACUGUAUGACCCAGCAAUUCCAGUCCUAGCUGCUCUACUUCUUGAGCAGGGACUCAUAUCAGUAUUCUUUGCAACAUUACCCACAAUUGCCAGAUGGUGGAAACAACCCAAGUGUCCAUCAGCAGAUGGAUGAAUAAAAAAAUGCGGUAUAUACAUACAAUUCAGCUGUAAAGAGACAUAUGAAGUUCUAUCCGUGCUGCGACAUGGAUGAACCUUGAAAACAUAAUGCUUAGUGAAAUAAGCCAGGCACAAAAGGACAAAUAUCGUAUGGUCCCACUUAUAUGAAAUAUCUAGACUAGGCAAAUGUAUAGAGGCCAAGAUUUAUUAGUGGUUUCCAGGGGAUGAUGGGAGAGGGGAGAAAUGGGGAGUUACUGAGUAAGGGGCAUUGAGUUUCUGUUAAGGGUGAUGAAAAAAUCUGGAAAAGGAUAUUGGUGUGAUGACUGUAUAACCUAUUGUUGUUAGGUGCUGUCGAGUCAUUUCUGACUCAUAAAAACCCUAAGUACAAUAGAACGAAACACUGCCUGGUCCUGCGCCGUCCUCAGAAUCGUUGCUAUCUUUGAGCGCAUUGUUGCAGCCACAUUGCCAAUCGAUUCCAUUGAGUAUCUUCCUCUUUUUCACUGACCCUCUACCUUACCAAGUAUGAGGUCCUUCUCCAGGGACUGGUCUCUCCUGGUAACAUGUCACCAAAGCAAGUGAGACAAAGUCUCGCCUUCCUUGUUUCUAAGAAGCAUUCUGGCUGUCCUUCUUCCAAGACAGAUUUGUUUGUCUGGCAGUCCAGGGUAUAUUCAGUAUUCUUUGCCAGCACUGUAAUUGAAAGGUGUCAAUUCUUCUUCAGUCUUCCUUAUUCAUUGUCCAGCUUUCACGUGCAUAGGCGGUGAUUAAAAACACCGUGGCUUGAGUCAGGUGCACCUUAGUACUCAGUAUGACAUCUUUGCUUUUUAACACUUUACAGAGGACUUUUGUAGCAGAUUUGUCCAGUGCGACAUGUUUGAUUUUUUAACUGCUGCUUCUUUGCUUCCAUGAGCAUUGAUUGUGGAUCCAAGUAAAAUGAAAUCCUUGACAACUUCAACCUUUUCUCCAUUUAUCAUGAUGUUGCUCAUUGGUCCUUUUGUUAAGAUUUUUGUUUUCUUUAUAUUGAGGUGUAAUCCAUAUUGAAGGCUGGAGUCUUUGAUCUUCAUCAGUAAGUGCUUGACGACUUCCUCACUUUCAGCAAGCAAAGUUGUAUCAUCUGCAUAAUGCAGGUUGUUAAUGAGUCUUCCUGUAAUCCUGGUGCCCCAAUCUUCUUCAUAUAGCCCAGCUUCUUGGAUUAUUUGCUCAGCAAGCAGAUUGAAUAAGUAUGGUGAAAGGAUACAACCCUGAUGCACACCUUUCCUGACUUUCAACCAUGCAGUAUCCCCGUUCCAUUCGAACAACUGCAUAACUUAGUGAAUGUAAUUACUGCAUACUUUAGUGAAUGUAAUUAAUGUCACUAAAUUGUACUAAAAAGGGUUGAAAUGGCAAAUGUUUUGUUAUAUAUGUCUUAUCACAAUAAAAGAAAAAAUUGCUUUCAUGAGGACACAUAGCUUUUGCAAUACCACCAAAAGAGUAUUGAACAUGAUUAAAAAGAAAGAAAAAAGUUCAGAAAUAUGUGAGUCUGAAAUCUAAAAGCCAGAAGUUACAUUUGACAGAACUAAAAGUUGAAAUCCUAAUGGUAGGCUGCAGGAUCUUUCAUGAAGGGUGCCCUCCCUUCCUCUCUGCCCCAGUUCCACUGCCCCCUUCUUUCUCAGCACGCCAGGCACUGUCACACCGUGGGACCUUUCAUGGGCUGUUCCAGCUUCCCAAAGGGUCUUCUUGCAGGUACCCCUUGCUCCCUUCAAGGUGAUGUUUGGCCAGAUGUCACCCUCUCAAUCAGGCUCCCUGGACCACUCUGCUGAAGACUGCAUCCUGCCUCUCCUCUGCCCCAGUCUCUCGUCUCCUGAUCCCCGUUUUCUCUUUCCACAACACCUGUUGCCUUCUGACAUACUGUAGAAUUGUCUUACUUACUUCGCCUAGUGUUUGUUAGGAGUUCCUGUGUGGUGCCAAUGGUUAGCAAACUCAGCUGCUAACUGAAAGGUCGAUGGUUUGAGUCUACCCACAGGCGCCUCAAAAGAAGGACAUGGUGUUCUGCUUCCCAAAAACCAGUCACGGAAAACCCUUUGGAGCACAGUUCUACUCUGGCACACAUGGGGUUGCUAUGAGUCAGGAUCGACUUGACCGCAGCUGGUACGGGUACUGGUAGUGUUCAUUAUUUGUCUCAAUUCACUAGAAGGUGAGCAUCUCCAGGGUGGAUUUGUUUGAUCCAUGCUGUACCUUAAAUACCUAGGACAAUACCUAUAAGGGGAGAGUCUUAAAAACUGACUGUUGAAAGUUGCUGGUGGUGUUGUCCUGGAGCAGAGCAAAGGAUUGAAUGGUGAAAAACAUUCCUGAGGGCGAUUCUGGGCAAAUGCAAGCAAGGGCUUACUUGGGAGAUGAUCACAGUAGCUCUUGUACCAUCUGAGACUCUAUUGCACCUGCCAACCGAGAAUAACAAGGUUAGGGCUUUGAAGUUGUGAUAUGAUGUGGAUUGCCUUAGCCAGGCUGUAUUUUGCUUGUCAAUUAAUCAAGGUCUUACAGUGAUUUUAACUCAGGGAAGAGGUCCGUAGUAGUAUAUCAUGGAAUGUAUGUUAUUCUAGCCUCCCUGCCUUUGUUUGUCCACUGUAACUCUUUUCUAUGGUUGUGGCUUUGUCGGAACCUGCUGCAGAUUUUCUUUUUUGCC